CUACUAUCAUUUUUCUCUCUCUACAUAUAUAUAUAUAUAUAUUAUAUCCUUAUGUCCAAUACACUUCGUCCCUAUUUGACGGCUGUACGCUCAUCUUUGACAGCAGCAUUAUGCAUUGAAAACUUCUCUUCCCAAGUAGCUGAAAGACAUAACACGCCUGAAGUAGAAUCUGGCAAGUCGAAGGAAGUUUUAUUGAACCCUUUGGUGAUUAGUAGAAAUGAAAAUGAAAAAGUAUUGAUAGAAUCAUCAGUCAAUUCCAUCCGUGUCAGUAUUAAAAUCAAACAAGCAGAUGAUCUGGAACGCAUUUUGUGUCACAAAUUCUCUCGAUUCUUGAUGCUUCGAGCUGAAAAUUUCGUGAUUCUGCGUAGAGUACCUGUCGAGGGUUAUGAUAUCUCCUUCUUGAUCACCAACAAACAUACCGAACAAAUGUACAAACAUAAAUUGGUGGACUUUAUUGUACAUUUUAUGGAAGAAGUUGAUAAGGAAAUCUCAGAGAUGAAACUCAGUGUCAACACAAGAGCUCGUAUCGUUGCAGAAAGCUAUUUAUCCCAGUUUGCCUAGAUAGUUUUUUUUUAUAUCGUCUACAAUAAACUGGUAUUACUCUUAUGAUAUUUGAU